AUGAUUGCUCCGACCCCCCUUGCGGACACGGCCGCGGCCCAAUAUUUGCAGAGUCCGGCCAAAAAUGGCAUUAUUACGUUUGACGAGCGCAACAAUACCGAUGAAGUUCCGAUUGAUGUAUCCAUUAGUGGCGCGGAGCCCCCUUCCGAAUCUGAAAGUCCCAAUCCUGAUCGAAUUACCGCAAACGGCAAUGCCUCGACACAACACGCGCAAACCGCUCUCAACGGCCAGACUCCACUUAAUCCUCUCAUCGAUGCUCACACCGGCGAUCGAAAAAUGGCAGUUGAAAUUUUGAAGGUUAUUGAGAGUUACGGCGUGGACUAUGAAAAAAAUGGUGGUUCCUGGAAGGGGUUGGAGUCAUUCGUCCCUAUAGUGGUCGAACAGGUCAAGCGCCAGGAACCCAUCCGCAUGAUUCUACCCGCCUUUCCAUUCAAAUCACCCAACUCACGAGACAAGGUGCUGGGUACAUUGCCUGACUUCGGUGAGGAACUGGCGCUUUUCCAUCUGAACGGGUUGUGUCAGAAUAUCGCCCAAGUAUAUGAGCCAGGAGCCAAUGUAUACAUCAGCUCGGACGGUCUAGUCUACAAUGAUCUUCUUGGGGUUUCAGACGAAACUGUCUGGGAUUAUGGCGAGACGCUGCGAAAGAUGGCAGUGGAGAAAGGCCUUCGUCAUGUGAAGUUCAUUCGCUUGUACGAGCUUCUUGAGCACCCUUGGUUCCCAAGCAGCAGCCCAGAGGCUGCGAAAGCCUUCUAUCUAGCUCACGCCAGCUGCCUGCGUCGCGAACUAAUGUUCGCCUUCGGAGAUCCGACUUUCAACGCCGACGAGGCUAUCAAGACCGACAAUGAUACUUGCCUGACAUAUCGUGGAUAUAUCAAGUUCCUUACCAAGGAUCUCGCACAUCAAGAAGAGACUCAAACUCUUUCAAAACGUGCGAGACAGACUCAGAUCUCCCAGAUCGCGCGCAAGAUGAUUAUUCGCGGGAAGAUGUUUGCUGCCGCCAUCAAAGCCAAUCGGGGCGACUAUGUUCGAUUAUCUAUUCAUGAAUCCGCGGGUGAGAAGAAACUUUCAGUUUCGCUCAUUCCACAGAUUCGUGGAGCCCUUGGAUUUACGCCAUGGCAUGCUUCUGUGGCCAUUGGUCUGAACGGCUCAUAUCGUACUGUCCACGCUGAAGAUGUGCGUGAAACGCAUGAUCUGAUAUAUAAGAACGGCCAGCCAUACUUCUUCCGGGAGAAAUCCGAAACCUUCGAUUGGUCUAAGCAUGGCCUCUCUGUAAAAUUUGAGCAUCUUUAUCCAUGUGGAGUCAUCAUCCGUCCCACCGAUAUCGACGAUCUGAACCCGCGACCGUCUAUUAGUGCCAUCCCUAUGCACAAGGUCCGGAAGAUCUCCAAUAGCAUGUCUCCUGUGGUUUUACGUGGAUUCGCAGAGACACUUGACGAAGACUUAUAUGUCAAAGCUGGAACUGAACUGGGUACCAUUCUCCCGUGGAGCUUUGGCAUCAUUCAGAAAGUGCGGGAUGCUGGUCGCGUGGAUAAAAUGGGUAACAAUGUUACCUCCAACGAGGCUAUGCCAAUGCAUUUUGAUGGCAUGUUUAAAUUCGAAGAAGUCACAGAUCCAGUUACUGGAGAAACUAAGAGAGUUCAGCGCCCCCCUGGCUACCAGGUUUUCACUUGUCCGGCGACCGCCCCAAAGGGCAGUGGAUACACCCUGUUCGCCAGCUCGCGUCUCUUCUUCAGAUAUCUCCCGCAACCCUGGAAUGUGGAGCGUCUGCAGAAAGUUACCUGGGCUAUGGAUAAUGAUGGCUUCUGGGAUGCAAAAUUGAAGAGUCUCCCGCUACUUGUGAAGCAUUCUGUUUCGGGACUUCCUUGCCUCAGAUGGCAUCAGCCAUGGGACUCCACAAAGACUAAAUUCUCCACUUGCGAUGUGAAGAUUGAGAAUGAAGACCCGAGCCUCGUUCAGAUUAUUGAUCGCGUCACAUAUGAUCACAGAGUCUGUCUUCGCUUUGAGUGGGAGAAAGGUGAUCUCCUGAUCAGUGAUAACAUUGCCAUGUUGCAUACUCGCACGGGAUAUAAAAGUGACUGCGAACGAGAGUUGUGGCGCAUUCACUUUGAUUAG